AUGCAUUGGAAAGGCCUGCGACUCGUCGCCGAUGGGAGCUCCAAACGUCAGAGUACCAUUGAGCCCCAGGCCCAAGCUCGUCGCAGCGAACAUCUCCCACGUCCCUCACCUCCCACGAUAGAUCCCCGGUUCUCCGAGUCGACUCCUCGAAUCCCGGACCUGGUGGAAUCUGAGCAUGCAGAAGCGGACGACAUCCUGCCGCAACUAAACGGGCCGGCUGAGAGGGGGUUGGAGACGAGCGCUCUGCAGCCAGAUUUCGCUGCCGGUCCGUCGACCGGCGAUACCCCAAGCCUGCGAAGAAAUCGGUUCAGCUUCAUGAGGCUGCGUCAUGCAUCCGAUCCCCAGCUAUCCAAGUCUUACGCCAAGGCCGCUGCUGUGCAUACAGAAACACCCCCCGUCCCUUCCCUCCCGCCUCCCACGAUCAUCACAACCGCCCCAACCAGCCACGAGCUGGAUCAACCGGUCAAGCAACGGCAUAAGCUCAGCCUUUUCCCAUCCUCGCGGAAGCAUUCAAUGGAAGAAUUGCCUCGCAAUUCUACAGAUCAGCAAACGAAACCGGCCCGUAAGAAAAAGGAAUCGACCGAUUCCAGCCUCUCUACCUUCCAGGCGCCUAGUCCAGAGGAGCCAGGGCGACUAUCAACCACGUCAUUGCGAAGCGGCAGCCGAGAUCAACCGCACAGUGAACCCCAACGCUCCUCGGUAUCCGUCGCCGAUCCACGCUUCUCGGAGUCAUCCCGGUCAGAUCAAAGCUACGGAGAUCAAGCGUUCCGAGCUAAUUCUCCCCGCGAUGGCCAUGGGUCAACAAGCAAUAAGCGCUUCCGCAUGCCACGAUUAAAGCGCCAUCGUAGCCCUCUGUUUCCCCUGCCCCCAAAGCUACCACCUCCAGUCAACAAGGUUUCUCCGGCUGAUACACCCAAGUCCGAUGGCUCAGAACAGGAUCAAGUGUCGCCGUUGCCAUCACCAUCUCGAUCUUCGGUGGGUCUGGCUGGUACCAGCGCACCACCACUCUUCCGAAAUAACUCGACCCAUUCUGCCCCCGAAAAUACUCAAGAUGACUUGUCUCCAGUACCCUAUUUGGUAUCUUCAGGGCGUACAUCAACCUCUACUAGCGGGCGCAAGAGUUUUGGAGACCUUUUCAACAUUUCUCAGCGAUUGAGACAGAAUUCGGAGCCUCCAGUGCCUCGCAAUGGUUCUCCAGGGAUUGGCGGGUCCGCAACACCCAUUAAACCAGAUCACCCCCCAUAUCCUGAACGGGAAGACGGCGACACACCAGCAAGCUAUUUGGACAAACUAGAGGAAACCCUACCUAGGGGUAUCAUUGGUGGGGUGCUCGCUCAAUCAGAUGACGAUUUCUUCAAAAUUUCCCUUCGCAAGUAUAUGAGGUCCUUCUCAUACUUUGGCGAUCCCAUCGAUAUGUCCAUUCGGAAACUCCUGAUGGAGGUGGAAUUGCCUAAGGAGACCCAGCAAAUCGACCGGUUCCUGCAGGCAUUUGCUGAUCGAUACCAUGAAUGCAAUCCGGGAAUUUUUGCUUCCACAGACCAAGCAUACUUCAUUGCAUUUUCCAUCCUCAUCCUACACACUGAUGUGUUCAACAAAAAUAACAAACGCAAGAUGCAAAAACCUGACUAUGUAAAGAACUGUCGCGGAGAGGGCAUCUCUGAGGACAUUUUAGAAUGUUUCUAUGAGAACAUUUCGUACACUCCCUUUAUCCAUGUUGAGGAUGCAAAUCUCCGAGACCGCCAUCUGGCCAAGCCGCGACGAGCUCUGUUCAAGAGCACUAGCUCGGAACAUCUACCGCGGAUGGCUCGAGAACCUGUCGAUCCAUACACAUUGAUUUUGGAUAACAAACUUGGAUCUCUACGACCCAGUCUGAAGGACGUCAUGGAUCUUGAUGAUACAUACAACCAUGUGGGAACUGCCGGUCUACCUGAUAUCGAUGACCUCCAUCAAGCCUUUACCAAGUCUGGGAUUUUACAGAUUGUGUCCUUGCGUUCUCGGCCAGAUGCAUUCAUGCAAGGCGGCCUUAAUAACUCGGCGGAAUCGAAUCCAGGCCUUGUGGACAUCAAGGUGGCAAAGGUUGGCCUACUCUGGCGCAAGGACCCCAAAAAGAAAAGAGCCCGGUCACCGUGGCAGGAAUGGGGUGCUCUGCUCACUUUCUCGCAGCUCUACUUUUUUCGCAAUGUCACCUGGGUGCGUUCGCUCAUGGCGCAAUCCGAUGCCUAUGCGAAAGACGGCCGCCGUGGGACACUAGUUUUCAAACCGCCGCUUGCCGAUUUCAAACCCGAUGGCAUCAUGUCUACAAAUGACGCUGUGGCUUUACUGGACCAUAGCUACAAGAAGCACAAGUAUGCGUUCAGCUUCGUUCGGCAUAACGCGCUAGAGGAAGUCUUUUUGGCGACAUCAGAGCCCGAGAUGAAUGACUGGAUUGCUAAACUCAACUAUGCUGCCGCCUUCAGAACUACGGGGGUCCGCACCAAGGGGAUGAUUGCCACCAACUACGAAGGCCAAAGAUACCGGAAGAGUCAGCGAGUUCGAUCUCUAUCAUCACUCAGGUCUCACCAAUCCACCGAUAAGGAGCCUCCCUCUCCUACCAUUGACACAGAUAUUGUGGCUGAAUUUGUCGCAGCUCGUCGGCAAUUAAUGGGCCAAAAGAUUCGUGAAGCGAAUGAAAAACUCUUCGUCACUCAGAAACAGCUCGACGACCUGUUGCGGAAUGCUCGACACCUUCAAAUACUGACUCCUGUGAAUCCCCGGGCUCGCGAAAAUGUCAUCAUGGCGGCUGGUCGUAUGGCUGCCAAAUUAAAAUGGGUCCGGCAAGACAUUUGGCGCAACAAGUGCUACCGUGAAGUACUGCUACGCGAUCUUGGAGAAGAGGUUGAGAGUGGGGUGGAAGACAGAACGGGAUCUGUUGCUGAAGGUACAGUUUCAUCUGGCCCUGCACGGAUGGCAUCGGUCUCUGGCCCAUCUGUCACUUCUGAUCCGAGUGUGCGCGGGGCGCCCAGCAUUGUCCAGACUGCCUCAAGUCAUGACAACAGUGAACAAGCUGUCCCAUCCUCGGAACAACCUGUUGUAGACCCUAGUCUACUGAAACACCCAUCGAUCGAUGAAAUGCGUCGUCCAAGUUUGCCCGCCUCUACUACUUCUUCUGACAUGGCGCGCGUUGGACGGCCACUGUCCAUUGCCCUACUUUCUGAGCAAGGCAGAACUGAUUCAUCUACUGCGAAUCUAGAGCGCGAAGCAUCUGUCCUAAGUCGCGGAAGCAAGUUUGACGGUGCAAGCCUUGGCUCCGGAGGCUCCAAACUUGCCUCACCUGCGAGUUAUGACGAGGGCGAGGAGCGUCUGCUCCGAGAGACAGGGUUGCUGGACAUUAGUAGCUCGCCUUCGCCUCGCAAACAGGCGGCUGUUCCUGUGGCAGAGGCUGAGACUGACAGCAAACCCGAUGAAUCUUCUGAAGUUUCCCAGAGCGAUAGGCCAAGCCGUGUCCGACGUAGUUUACACCGAACCCUCCGCGAACAGCAUCACGUCCACCGACAUUCUUCUCGUCACAAGAAAAACAGAGGUUCUGUGUCCAGCAUCGGCGCUGACGAAGAUGAGAACGAGACCGGUAGCUUAUCAAAUACCGGCUUAUCUCGCAAGACCCCCAGCUUUACCGUUCACGGCAAGAAAGCAUCCAUCGUCACCUUUGGUUCGGAAUGGCAGAACAUGCCCCCAGAAGAACGUCUCAAGCUGCGCAAGCCAACUCCACAUGAUGAACCGCGUGCCUCGGAUCCCGCGAUGCUUGGCAUCGAUGAGUCUAUGACCUCGGACGACAACCAUCACUCUAUUGGUCGACCGCUCUCGUUCCGCAGUGUUAGUACAACAACAGGACUCAGCCUCCGCAGCGAUGAUGCGACUAUCGAGACGAUUGAAUUUUUCAAGGAUGCCCAUGAGAAUCUGGCCACGGAGUCUUCAGCCGGGCAGAAUCAUAAUCUACGAGAUGAUACCGACGCUGGACCCGAUCUUGCUCCCGAUCAACACGUCGCUGAAGUUGAUCCCCCUUCGACGGCUGACACAACCGGAUCCGCCACUUAUGGAAACCAUCUCACAGCACCCAGCGAAACAACAUCGCCCUCUACGACGCCUCUCAGCGAGCGAGUUGCCAAUAGUGCGUCCUCGGAAAAUCUGCGGCAGCAAGCUGUUGGCGCCUAG